AGGUCCAUUUCUCCGCAGGCCGACCUCGGAAGUGAACAGAGGAGAGAGCGGGUCAACCUCAUGCGGUUAAGUUUGGAGAUACCACACAGCUCUAGGACUCCUGGAGGUCAUAAUCCUGACCUGAAAUCCCAGCCUAUGAGACUUGGUCCAAAACCUUUCUACGGAACACAGAAGUGA